GGUUGAUCAACGAGACGCGCUGAGUGCUGCCAUUACGGAAAAGCGUGACGCAAGACGCAACAUUUAAGAUAUCGCAAACAGAUCAUAACAAGAAACCUUCGGAGGCGGUAGCAACACAAGAAGAUUUGGCCAUGGCUUCAACAAAAAAAUCAAAUCUGCCCCCCAUAAUUGAUAGCCGAUUUACAGAAAAGGAUCUCAACGACGUCUUUACUUUUGAAUUUGAAAACCCCAAAUCUGGGCUUUUGCGAAAAGCAAAGAAGAAAUCGGCAACAUGCAAGGUGGAAAAGGAAGUGAAUGGCGAGCUCAAACCAUGUAGCUUCAAGACAAGUGAAGCAAGUGCCGUGAAAAGUUUCAACCUUUGGCGGCAUGUAAAACGUAACCAUCCUGAAAACUAUGCGGCUCUGGUUACAAAAAAGGACCAGGAAGAUGAGGCAAAACAGAAAACUGAUGCGGCUAAACGACGUCCAUCUGGCUCUUUGAAAACUCCCGGAGAAAAGAUUUUUUGUGGAGCUUCAUCUGAAAAGAAACCCAAAAUUGAGCAAACAAAACUUGACUCAUAUUUGAAGUCCUCAAAGGUUACAGUCACCAUGGAUGCCAAUACUUUCCGUGAAGGGCUGAUGGAAAUGGUUUGCUUGAGUUCAACACCGCUCACUACCUUCAGGCUAAAGAACAAAGGAUUCCAAAAAAUUGCAGGUGAAAUGGGUCGGCAGCUUGGCGUUUCGACGGGGCACGAUGCGGUUCGUCAUUUAGUUGUCAGCACAGCUGAGUCUGGUCGCCAAGAGCUCAAGAAAGCUUUGGAGCAAAAAUUGUGCUACCUGAAAAUGGAUGCGGCAACUUGUGGAAACAGACAUUUCCUUGCAAUCAGUGCUCAGUACUAUGAAGAAGGAAAAGAUAAAGCUGUGGUAAAAACCUUGGACAUAAUCGACACUGAAGGGCGUCACAAUUCUUCGUACGUGAAAAGUCAAGUAAAAGCUAUUUUAGAAAAAUUUGGGAUCAGUGAAAUGCAAGUGCUGAGCAUCUGCGUUGACAAUGCAGCAAACAUGACGUGUGCCGUCAAAAAUUUCAGCGAGGACAAUGAAACCAUUUCUACCUCUGAGAACACAAAUGUGGACAGAACUGAAGCUGUUUUGCCUGAUGAAGGCACUAAAGGAAUGGAUGAAAUCGAACUCAACAUGGAUGCUGCUGCGCAAUGGGUUAAUGACCCCAGCCUCAUACUUCCAAAAUGGCUUCAUGAGGAUGACUCAAAAGUCCAACUGAUGAGGUGUGGUAUUCACACUCUUCAGUUGGCAAUCUGGGAUGGACUGAACAAAGAACAUGCAAAGAAAUUUCUGGCAAAAAUUCGACAAGUCGUUGUCAAAUUACGAACUCCAAGUAUUCAAAGUGUUCUGCUUGAUCUACAUGGGGUAACUCAAUCAUUGGAUACUGUGACUCACUGGGGUUCAACAUUUGCGAUGAUUGAUCAGCUUCUCGUUUUUCAAUCUUACUGUGAACAAGUGACGGCUGCUGCUGGAACAAGAGAACUCAAGUUAACAAAAGCUGAAUGGGAAGAAGUGAAGAACCUGCGAGACCUCUUGGCAAAACCAAACCAAACAACCGUGAAUCUUCAAGCUGUCGAUGUAACCCCGGGAGUUUUAAUGAAGGAAUGGCGAAAACUGUCAAAAUUCUUGCAAGAAAAUGGUGGACAAAUUGCAGAAGGAAUUCUAUCCUCCAUGCAGAAACAUGAAGAGAAGCUUUUUGACAAUAUUCAUUUCCUUGCUGGAGUUUAUGUUGACCCACGGUAUCGGAUUCUUCUUACCUCAAGGGAAAUACCAAAGGCAAAGGAAGGGCUCCUUGAUAUUGCUCGACGACUCGAAAAACAAAAUCUAUUGCUACAUUUGAACUCGGCGAAAGAGGUUGAAGAAAACAAAACACAACAGAAGGAGUCCUCAACCAUCGAAUUUGCGUUUUCAGAAAGUUCACAUCCUUCAGAAAUAGCAGGCUGUUCUCAAACUUCCGUCUCCACUCUGAACUUGUUUGAGCGUCCAUCCCUGAGACGUCUUCAACCAUCACAGGGAAAUGGAGAUAAUUCAAGCACCAAUUCUUCAGAAGAGGACGCCUUUGAAAAGGAAUUGGAUAAACAAGAAAGACGCCGGCGAGUUUCUGCAAUUCAUAAUUGUAACGAAGCGUUAUUUGAGAGAAACUUUCGGGAAGAUUGUGAGGCGAUGGAGUCUAUUGGGAGGCUGAAAGUUAAGUCUGUUUUUGAGGCCAUUCACAGCUACCCACACCGCAUUCAGGCUGCCUGUAGAAUUGCUUCAAGCAUGCCAACAACUCAAGCUGGUGUAGAGCGACUGUUUUCGGCUUUAAAGUUAAUUUUAAAUGGUUUGCAUCAGGGUGUGAAAGACGACUUGAUUGCUGCAAUAAUUUUUUACAGAAUGAAUUAUGAAUGAUUCUAGUUUGUAUCGUUGAUGACAAUUAAAUGGUUUUAAAAGUCUGAAUAAAAAUGUUUUAUCAAAAUGACAGAAUGCACUUUUUUAUUUAGUUAAAAAUUAAUUUGAGUCGGAGAGCGGAGCGGAGUCGGAGCGGAGCUGGAGCAGUCACUAUUGGUGCCAGAGCGGAGCAAUUAAAAAAUGUGAUUGCUCCAAAUCCCUGGUUAAAACUGCAGCAGAGCAGACAGAUGAAAUCUCAGGAAGAACUGCCUCAGUGUAAGAACAGUAGGACAAAGGAACAGACACCUGGGGAGGCUGUGGAAGCUUCUUCGCUGGAGCUUUUCAAUCGGAGGCUGGAGAGCCAUCUGUCUUGGGUGGUUUAAACACAACAAAUCCUGAAUCUUGGCAGAGAGUUAGACUAGAUGAUCCUUGCGGUCCCCUUUGACCCUGUGGUCCUAUGAUUAUAGCAGCCAAAGGUGUAACACGAUCCAGUGGCUGGAAGUUGAAGCUAGACAAAUUCAGACUAGAAAUAAGACACUAAUUUUUAACAGUGAGGGUGAUUAGCCAUUGGAACAAUUUAUCAAGUGUUGUAGUGAAUUCUCCAUCACUGACAAUUUUUAAAUCAAGAUUGGAUGUUUUUCUAAAAGAGCUGCUGUUUGUGAAACAGAAGUUAAUUCAGGGAAAUCCUGUAGUGGAAUAUAGGCAGUCAGACGAGAUGAUCGCAAUUGUUCCUUCUGACUUUACAAUUGCUUCGAGCAUGCCAACAACUCAAUCUGGUGUAGAGCGACUGUUUUCGGCUUUAAAGUUAAUUUUAAAUGGUUUGCGUCAGGGUGUGAAAGACGACUUGAUUGCUGCAAUAAUUUUUUACAGAAUGAAUUAUGAAUGAUUCUAGUUUGUAUCAUUGUUGAUGACAUUUAAAUGGUUUUAAAAGUCUGAAUAAAAAUAAUGUUUUUUCAAAA